GCGGCAACCUUCAGUUUGAAUGGUAUCGCCAGGAUGGCCGCCCCUUACCGAAUGGCGCCCGUCGUGACAGUCAGGUCCUCGUGCUGACCACGCUCCGGCCUCAGGAUGCGGGUCGCUACAUCUGCGACGUUUACGAUCAUGCGAGUGGGCAGCGUCUGCCUGCCACCGCCGUCGAUUUGCAAGUACACCCGGGUCUUCCAGUGGUUCCAGCAACGCCACCGCCGGCUUCGUACCGUCCCGCCUACCUGCCACCGGCCACAACGCCGGGCCGUUCUCGGGACUACAGCCUAAAACUGGACCAACAAUCAUCGAAUCUGCGAGCGGGUGAGUCCACCGAAGUGGAGUGCUACUCUUCAGACAACAGCUACACGGAUGUGGUUUGGGAGCGGGCCGACAGCCAGCCCCUCAGCCCCAACGUUCAGCAAGUCGGCAACCGCCUGGUGAUGACUGAUGUGACUGUCGCCGAUGCUGGUCAAUAUGUGUGCAAAUGCCGGACGGAUGAGGGCGAUCUGUAUACCACCAGCUACGAGCUGACCAUCGAACAACAGCCCCAUGAACUCAAGCGCUCCAAGAUAGUCCACUCGAAGGUGGGGGCCGAUGCCAAGCUGCAGUGCGGGGCGGAUACUAGCCGCCAGCCCAGCUACCGCUGGUCCCGACAGUACGGACAGCUCCAGCCAGGACGAUCCCUGCUAGGCGAAAAACUCUCGCUGGAGGAUCUGCAGGCCAACGAUGCUGGUACCUACAUCUGCACGGCAUUGUACGGAGAUGGAGAGUCCGUGGAUUAUCCCAGCAUACUGGUGGUGACCGGAGCCAUUCCACACUUCCAUCAGGCCCCGCGCAGCUAUAUGAGCUUCCCCACGCUACCGGACUCCUCGUUCAAGCUCAACUUUGAGAUCACCUUCCGACCGGAGGGCGACGACGGACUGCUUCUAUUCAACGGACAGACGCGUGGCACUGGCGACUACAUAGCCCUCUCGCUGAAGGACCGCUACGCGGAGUUCCGCUUCGAUUUCGGUGGCAAGCCGAUGCUCAUUCGAGCCGAAGAGCCACUGCAGCUGAACGAGUGGCACACGGUGCGCGUGCACCGCUCCAGGCGGGAUGGUUACAUGCAGGUGGACGAACAGCACCCAGUGGCCUUCCCCACACUAUCGCAAGUCCCACCGCUGGAUCUCAUCGAAGACCUGUACAUCGGUGGCGUUCCCAGCUGGGAGCUGCUGCCCGCAGACGCGGUCACCCAGCAGACGGGCUUCGUUGGCUGCAUCAGCCGCCUGACCCUGCAGAGCCGCACCGUCGAGCUAAUGCGCGAGGCCAAGUUCAAGGAGGGCAUCACUAGCUGCCAGCCCUGUGCCCAAAACCCCUGCUCCAACGGCGGCAUCUGUCUGGAGAGCCAGACGGAGGUGGCCUACUCCUGCGUCUGCCAGCAGGGCUGGACCGGCCGCAACUGUGCCGUUUCCGGCACCCAGUGCACCCCAGGCGUUUGCGGAGCCGGACGCUGCGAGAACACCGACCUGGACAUGGAGUGCUUAUGUCCCCUGAACCGCACCGGCGACAGAUGCCAGUACAUCGAGCACCUCAACGAGCAGAGCCUCAACUUUAAGCGGAACAGCUAUGCAGCCUACGGAACCCCCCGUGUCACACGUGUGAACAUCACUUUGUCCGUGCGGCCCUCGAGCCUACGUGACUCCGUGCUCCUCUAUGCGGCAGAGUCCAAGCUCCCCAGCGGCGACUAUCUGGCGCUGGUGCUGCGCGAUGGCCAUGUAGAACUGCUGAUCAAUACGGCGGCACGACUGCGUCCAGUCGUUGUGCGCUCUGCGGAGCCCCUGCCCCUGCACCGAUGGACGCGCAUUGAAGUGCUGCGGCGCCAGGGCGAAAGCAUACUGCGAGUAGGCGAGGGCCAAGAACAGCGAGCCAAGGCCUCGGGAACGGCGCGCACAUUGUCGUUGAAGACGCCUCUGUAUGUGGGCGGCUAUGAUCGGGCCUCGGUGAAGAUCAACCGAGACGUGAACAUCACGGAUGGCUUCGAUGGGUGCAUUUCGAAGCUAUACGACUCGCAGCGCUCCAUUCAGCUAUUGGCGGACAUCAAGGAUGCGGCCAAUAUCCAGAAUUGCGGCGAACUCAAUGAGAUCGGUGGCGGAGAUGGCGGAGACGGCGAGGCUGACGGCGAUAGCGAAGUGCCAGUGGCUCCCGCUGGGGACCCACCGGCUCCAUUGCCAGAUGCAACCAGCAAUCAGGAGGAGCAACUGCAGCCCUACAACAUGGCGCCGUGUGCCAGCGAUCCCUGCGAGAACGGUGGCAGCUGCAUCGAAGCGGAGAACCAGGCGCUCUGCUCCUGCCCCUUGGGCUACAGCGGCAAGCAUUGCCAAGAACACAUCCAAGUGGGCUUCAAUGCCUCGUUCCGAGGCCAUGGUUACCUGGAAAUCAAUCGCAAUCAAUUUGAUGCCGCCGUGGAACAGGUGUUCACCUCUGCCGCCAUGGUCUUCUCCACGAGCAAACCGAAUGGGCUGCUGCUCUGGUGGGGACAGGUGGCUGGCGAAGAGUAUGUGGGUCAGGACUUUAUCGCCUUGGCCGUUGUUGAUGGCUAUGUGGAGUACUCGCUGCGUUUGAACGGUGAGGAGACGGUGAUCAAGAACAGUGACACCCGCGUGGACGAUGGCCAGCGGCAUAUUGUGCUUGUGAAGCGAGUGGAAAACACGGCCAUUCUUGAGGUCGAUCGCAUAUCGCAUUCGGGUGAGACGCGACCCACCGGCAAGAAGGAGAUGAAACUGCCGGGCAAUGUGUUCAUAGGUGGCAUUCCGGAUAUUUCACAAUUCACGGGUGGACGUCACACGCACAACUUUGUCGGCUGCAUCGUGGUGGUUGAGGGUGAUGCCGUGGGUCAGAUCAAUCUGGGCCAAGCCGGCGUCAAUGCCGUCAAUGUGGACACCUGUCCAGUUAACGAUGAAUCCUUGGGAGGCACCGAACCGCCAGUUGUCUAGGCGAUACGCCCACACAACACGCAAACCAGCAACCGAAAUUAGCUUUUUAAUUAUUUAAAAAACAAAAGGAACCCCAAUUUUUAUAUUGUAUAUCGUACAAACUUGUACGCGGAAGAAAAAAUAACAAUUACGAUAUGUUCUGCGUGUGUCGAACUUCAAAACUACGAUUGCUUCUUCGAUCCCUAAGUCUAAGUAAAAUAUUUCAGAAAGGAAACGAUAAGAAUGAAAUAUCACAAAAAAAAACAGCCAUAUGAAGAAGUGAGACGACACGAUAACCGAAACGAAACAGAAACAGAAACAAUAAUAACAACAAUAUAUAAAGUUUAAGGCCUAACUAACUCUACAAAAAAGAAAAAACCGCAUACUAGCCAACAGAAAAUCCAGAAAAACUACUGAAAAAAUGCUGCAAAAGUAACGAAAGAACAGGCAAUAAGCAACAAAAAGGAUAUGCUCAAUAGCAGAAGCAUUUUAAUUAUUAUAAUGAUAGUUUAUAUUUU